AUUGGUCCGCAGGUAAAUGAGAAUGACAUUAACCAAGAUGGCGCCGGGCGAAAGAGAAAAGUGAUGAGAGAAUAGAACAACAAGCGACACAACUGCACAACAUUGUGCAUUCAUUUAGCCCGUGCUGUUGUUUAAUGCCGGACCUCGGUCUUAUCACCGGGAAGCUGACAAGCACGUAUUGCGAAACCGCUUCGGUCUGCUGGGAUACAAUUAUUCAGCUAACUGUUUGCUAACUAGCUGCUAAAGUGGCUAACGGUAGCUAACGUUAACUGCGGAAGGCGAGUGAGGAGAAGGCAGACAGGCGGCUCCAAGUGGAAGCCGACAAGUCGAGCCGUAUUUUUUUUAAUUACGCGACGUCUCACGUUGAAAGACCCGUUUGUUGCACCAUCGUCCGACGUAACAAUCUGUCAGGAAAGUAGCGUUAAACAUUUGAUAAGGAAAGCUGAAAAGACGAGGAAAGGCGUCAUCUUUGCUGAUCUGACGCCAUGGCUCACUCCCCGAUUCAGAGUGGACUGCCGGGGAUUCAGAAUUUGCGAGCUGAUCCAGAGGAGCUUUUCACCAAGCUGGAGAGAAUAGGAAAGGGCUCUUUUGGUGAAGUCUUUAAAGGCAUCGACAAUCGGACUCAGAAAGUUGUGGCCAUUAAAAUUAUUGAUCUGGAGGAGGCAGAGGAUGAAAUAGAGGACAUUCAACAGGAGAUCACAGUUCUCAGCCAGUGUGACAGUCCCUUUAUCACCAAGUAUUUUGGAUCCUAUCUCAAGGGUACAAAAUUAUGGAUUAUUAUGGAAUAUUUGGGUGGAGGAUCAGCUCUGGACUUGCUGGAACCAGGUGCCCUGGAUGAAACACAGAUUGCCACAAUCCUGCGGGAGAUUCUGAAAGGUCUGGAGUAUCUGCACUCUGAAAAGAAAAUACACAGAGAUAUCAAAGCUGCCAACGUUUUACUGUCAGAACAAGGCGAUGUGAAGCUUGCAGACUUUGGAGUAGCGGGCCAGUUGACGGACACACAGAUAAAAAGGAACACAUUUGUGGGAACACCUUUCUGGAUGGCACCCGAGGUCAUAAAGCAGUCUGCCUAUGAUUCAAAGGCAGACAUCUGGUCAUUAGGAAUAACAGCAAUAGAACUGGCUAAAGGAGAACCGCCCCACUCUGAGCUUCAUCCUAUGAAGGUCUUAUUCCUCAUCCCAAAGAACAAUCCACCUACACUGGAAGGAAACUACAGUAAACCACUUAAAGAGUUUGUUGAAGCCUGUUUAAAUAAGGAGCCUAGCUUUAGGCCAACUGCCAAAGAGUUGUUAAAACAUAAGUAUAUUGUAAGGCAUGCCAAAAAGACAACCUAUCUGACAGAGCUGAUUGACAGAUACAAGAGGUGGAAGUCAGAGCAGUCCAGGGACGAAUCAAGCUCCGACGAAUCUGAUGAUGAACCAGACGGCCAUGCAUCUGGAGGUGACGACAGUAGUAACGAUAAAUGGGACUUCAACAACACCAUCAGGGAAAAAGACCUGAAAAAGGUUCAGAAUGGAGCAGCACAGCCAGAUGAGUUAGGAUUGAAACAGGUGGAUGAGAGUCCAAAGAGGCCUUUGUCACAAAGCUUAUCAACAAUCUUUGGUCCAUUGUUUUCUGAGCUGAAAGAAAAGGGUGAGACAAGUAAUGGCAAGCCAGAAGCGGCAGAGGAGCUGCGGGAGGCUCUUUUUCAGGCAGAAGAAACACACCCGGGGAUCUGUGACUCUCUGGUGGCUGAACUAGUGCAGAGACUUCAGAGGUUUUCUGUGCCACAGGCGGCCACCACUCAGUGAGAGGAGCUACGUCCAGCUCUGCUCUACUUUUCCACCCUGGUGGCAGCAGUCAGAUCUUUUCCUCUGACCUCCACAGCCAGGAUGAAGUCUCCCAGGAAGGUCUCCAUCACUCACUUGCCUGAAGCAAAUCCUGGCCUACUUAAUGUCUGUUUAUAUGCUAGCACAGCACCAGAGGGUCCUAUUCAGGACAGUCACUGGCCAUUCAGUCAGCUGCCACCUGCUGUAAGAUGUCCCUUCUCAAUACCUCCUUCUCAGCUGUUUGUUUUCAGAGUGAAGUUAGCUAUCUUUCUUAAAGGACUCUUGAGUUUUUGAUUUUGGUGGGUUUGUGGCUGUUUCACAAAGGUUUACACUCAGCAUCCUUUUGGAGAAAAUACCUUGCUUAAUUGUGUGCAUGUGUGUGUGUGUGGCUGUGCGAGAUAUUCUGUGAGACAUGCAGUGAAGAGUGACAAGUGAGUUGAAGCAUUCUAUUGAAAACUCAGGUAUCCUGCUUUAAGUGUAUUGGGUUCCUCUGGGAGAUGGAAAGAGCUCUCUAGGGUGGAUGUACAGACUUGUAAAUAAGCUAAUUUCUACAGAUUCAUGAAAAAAUAUCAGAGCGUUUGGUACCACUGUGUUCAAAUGGCCAAAUGCAAAACUGUAGAUAAUGGCUGUGAGGUAAAUAUUUUGAAAGACUUAAAGGGGCCACAAAUGAGAUUGCCUUGCCUUUGUACUUGUUCUUUUGUAUAUUGGUCUUUGAUUUCUCUCUUUAGUUGUAAACUUUUUAAGUACUCAUCCAGUGAAUGAAAAUGGCUGCCCUCUAUCAUAUUUUACUAUUGAUUUAUUAUUAUAUUUCUUAAUGCUCUUUAACUUUUUGGUUUCAGACUCUGCUGUGGUUGUAAUAUUGUUGGCGAAUGUAAAAAAAAAAAAGUAACGGCUGGUUUAUUGAAGCCCCACCGGUUUGAAACACUGGAUGCUCUGUUUCCAGCCCUGAUUACACAAGGCCUCGAGUUGUGUUGGUUUGUUGGCCUCUGCCUCAUUCCCCCUCUUUUUUCUUCUUUUUUUUGCUGUGUUUUAUUGAUCAGAUGAACUGAGGUUUCGUCCAUUCAUUCCAUUAACAGGGCAGUGCCAUCAUCUAGUUUAUAAAUCAGCAGACUCUGUUAGUCUUCCUAGGAGCUGCAGUGGUACUAUCUCCUCAACGUACCUGCAGCUUUAAUUGCACUUAAAGCAUAAAUGCCUUGGACUAUAAACAAAGUAGCCAUAAAACAGUAGCAUGAGACUUAGAGUAUUUUGCAGGUAUGCGCCAUACUAUCUGGGACACACAAGUGUCCACCUGAAGUCUCACAGCUUGGACUCUGGAGUUGGUCAUUGCAGUGUAAUAUUUGCCUGGCUGUAUCUUUCCAUUUGGACUCGUGAGAAGUUUUCGUAGUCGUGCGGUAAAUGUGCAUCGACGUUUCACACAGUAGACGACACUGCUCUCAGACAGACAUAUUAGCAUAAAGCCACAAGGUGUUCAGAGACCAGCGACUCUGCUACUACUUCUGACUGUAGUGUAAAAGGAAUGUGCAUGAUAGUAUUAACAGUAUAAAGCCUAUUGGUUGGUCUGAGCAGUAUGCGUUGUAGCAUACUUCUACAGGACUGAAGGAAUGUUGAGUCCUGAACAGAGCUGAAUCAGCCUUAUAGUAUUUGUGAUGAAUGGGAUGAAUAGUAUCAGCUUUAAAAACAUGAGAUCAAAUGUUUUUGUUGUGAUUUCUCCUCUGUUUUGUUUUUUUUGUGUGUGUCCUCUCGGGCAUCAAAAUGCAUAGGCUGUGAUUCUUCAAAUGACAAUUUCUUUGAUUUCUUGCCAGAAUAAGGUGUGCAUGAACAAAUGGGCUCUUUGUACUGUUGUUAUCUAAAAAUUGUUGCAGUUAAGAAGAGAGAAUUUUUCAUGAUAUAUUCUGUUUUGGUUUUUUUGCCAGGGGGCAAUACAUGGUACACAGUGCACAGGACGGGUUAAAGGAACAGUUCAACAUUCUAGGAAACAUGCUUAUUUGCAACGUGGUGGGCGGUGGAGAAUAUUUAUACCACUCAAGUAUACGCUUCAUUCAUAGUCACGUACAGUCUAAUGCAAUCAAAUACAAAUGUUGGAUAAUGUAAAGAAAUCAGUGACAUUAGUUUAUGAUGGUGUUAGACUGGACUGCACUGUUUCUAUCCUGUCCUGUGUGUAAGUAGAGAAGAGAAAUGUAGAAACACCUUUAAAUAUAUCGCAGUCCAGAACAGCAUCACCUUUAGCUAUGACCCAAAAAUGAGAAUAGAAUUUGAUCACCCUGAAUGUUUAAGAAAUUUCCCUCCUAAAGUCAAAAUGCCAUUAAGAAAUCAGUGAAUUCUAGCUAUUCUCAUAACAAAGAUAGAAUUAAAUGAGUUUUCCACAGUGUCACUAGAAUUAUUAUGAGUAUUGAACAGACAGCUUUUAUAUUAAUUUGAUUGUAUUGGAUUACAGUAAACUGCACAAGGGUCCCUAAUAAUGUAGCCGCUCACACAGUGUUAGACUUUAGUCAGCAGCUAAAUGUUUGCAUUACAAAUAUACUAGAAACAGGAUAAACAAGUCUGUGUAACUGCAACACAAUUCUCCCUCCAUCACCACUGAAGCUAUUCUACUAAGAAUUGCAUAUCAUUUAUUUAAACCGUUCAAAAACAAUAAUUCAGCAUUUGAUUAAGGAGUUGAACCCAUGUCUUGGUUUACGUCUUAGCUAGGAGCAGUCACUUCCCAAAGUUUCUGCUUUGUUCUGCUGUAAUAGUCGCUUGCAGACAUGCACAAUGUUGAAUUUUUGCUGAUUUCCAGUGCCGAUAUAAGUAUGUACAUAUUUUCCACCUAUUUGCAGAGAACAUCAGGUCUCUCCUGCAGAGGAAUUAACAUAUUAUACCUUCUCUUAUCUUGGUGGCCCACUUGGCUUGUAGACCAAAAAAUGAUGCUUUCCAAAUGUAAACAUUCCCUAGAAAAAUAUGAAAACUACUUCAACUUACAGACAUUUCAUUUUAUGGAACAUUUCAAAGAAAACUGUAGACAGUCAGUGUUAAUUUCACGUUUAAGCCUUUAUUGACUGAUAGAAAUGAUGCAGAUGUCAUUGCAUUGUGCAUUCCUAGGCAAGUGUUUCAUCAUGUUUGGAGUAACCAGCUAUAUUCUCACAUAAAUGUUCUUAUUGGAGAGUAUAACCCACCAUAAUGUGCUGAAUUGUACUUGCUGGCAGGUGGAUUUUUAUUACUUUUGGACAGACCUACUUGUGCUGAAUUCAUCCGUCUACCAGCUGUGGUUUUACAUUUAACUUACAGACAGCAGACCUUGAGAAUUUUCCAAAAUACCAAACUUUUCUCUGUCAGUUUCCUUCCUUUUUCUCUUGGAAAACAGUAUAAUUGUCCUUUUCUGCUUCCUGCUGUAGUUACAGUAGAUUACACAGAUAAAUGAGUAGAAGUCGACUGGUGAUCCAUUUAACUGGAUCAAGAAAUAACAGCAGACUUGUCACAUAAUGCGACUACAGUGUUUUCCAUUUCUCCCCUGCUGUUGUGUAAAACAGUGAUUCAGCUUUCAGACUUCAUUCUUCUGUGAAAUGUGCCAUGUAAGCCCUCCACCCCAAGAGACAAUUUGCACCUUCUACAUUGUCUAAUAUGACCCUUUAUCUUUGUAUUUGUUGCACUUUGUAGAUUUAUUUUUUUGGUUUUUAAAAAAUGGUACGUAAAGCUACGAAAUUAUGUUGCAGUUCCACCAGUUAUUCUCCCCCCCCCCCCCCCCCCCCCCCCUUUGUGUCUUGUAUGGCAAUAAAGCAGUGUGAUCGCCAGGAGUCAUUUCUUAGCACAAGUAGGCAUAUAUUCUAUUAAAGUAUUUUUGUAACCCCAAAGAGCAGCAUUAGAGCGAGUAAAGUUUGGUUCUGUGAUGUGUUCCGAGUUUCAGUUAACACUGGAUAGCAAUCAUUUAAAAUGUACAUUUCAUUUUGUGUGACUUUGCUGACAGUUUGUAGUCCAGUAUACAUGUUUGCUAAUUCAGGACCGUGCUGUUGGGUUUAUUGGAAGUUAUCAAAUGAUUAAGGAAAAAUAAAAGAUUCAGUGCAAAUUUGAA